ACCCUAAUUAUCUAUCAUCUUCUACAUUUCAAACCCACAUUCCUCUUCAAAUUCUUCGCCGUCUGCUCCGUACCCUCGCCGACGAACCGAGCUGCCAUCUGCCGCAUAACAGAAGUCCCUCGACGAACAACAGCUUGUUGUGUUACGCUGCCGUUUGCUUCGCCGAGGAACAUCUACCGUUGGUUCAUCGUUGCUUUGCCGUUUGUUCAUUGUUGCUUCACCAUUGAUUUGUUUGUUGUUCUGACUGUGUAAAAUAAUGGAUUCAAAUGAUUUGUUAUAUGAUUUUUGUGGUAUGAUUUGUUGUAAGAUUUGUUGUUUGCUUUUUGUUGUAUAAUUUUUGUUGCCAGUGGAGGCCAAGGAGAGCAGUUGCGGUGGAGGAAUUUGGUUGUUGCUGGCAGAGGCAGAGAGGUUAGGUUGGGUUGGUGUUCUUAAUUUUUUUUAGGGCUUUGGUUAGGUUUAAUUAAGUUUAGAUCAGUUUUUAAUUAGGAUUUUAGAAUUAAUUAAGGUUUAAUUAGGUUUGAUUAUAAUAAUUAGAGAAAAAGAGUAGAAAAGGCUCCUAACUUUUUUCAAAUUAAAAUUUUUAUUAUUUAGAAUUAAUUAGAGUUUAAUUUAGGUUAAUUAGGGUUAAUUAGAAUUGAAAUUCGUAAUUAGUUACUUUCACUCUCUUUUUUUAUGUUAGAAGGGCCUUUUUGAUACGAAAACGUAAGUUGCGGGUUCUUUUGAUACAAAAACGUAGGUUGUGGGGUUUUUUGUACCAAAAGCGUUGAAAAUGACCUAUUUGAUAUUUCGUGCCAAGUUGAGGGGGUGAAUUGAUCCUUUGUUCAAUGCAAAACUGUAUCAAUCUCAGGCUCUCUAGUCUAUGAUAUGUGACUGCUAAGAUCUCAGUACCUUGAGGGAAGAUUUGAUACUGUUGUGAAGAAGGAUACUUGGUGAAUUUUGGGUUUAUUUGAGGCUCCUCUCCUGAUAUGUUACUCUUCAAGCGGGUAAUGCCCACGAAGCAAGUGCUCAGUAACGCAAUCAAGCACCUCAGAGGAUCUUCCUUCUGUUUUCUACAUUCAGCGCCAGAUGGUUAUGUGGAAGUUCAUUCUGAAGAGCAGGAAGUAGUAAUUGCUUUGGGAAGCAAUGUGGGUAAUCGACUUCAAAAUUUUAAUCAAGCAUUGCAGUUGAUGAACAAAUCUGGAAUUAACAUCAGUAGACAUGGUUGUUUAUAUGAGACAGCACCUGCCUAUGUUACUGAUCAGCCUCACUUUCUUAACUCUGCAGUCAGAGGUGUUACAAAAUAUGGGCCACACGAGUUGCUGCGAGUUCUGAAGAAAAUUGAAAAGGAUAUGGGUCGUACUAAUGGGAUUAGAUAUGGGCCACGACCUAUUGAUUUAGAUAUAUUGUUCUAUGGGAAGUUCAAGAUUCAUUCUGACAUACUUGCUGUACCUCACGAGAGAAUAUGGGAGAGACCGUUUGUAAUGGCCCCAUUGAUGGAUUUGUUGGGAUCCGAUACUGAGAAUGAUACAGUAGCUCUCUGGCAUUCUUUGUCAAAACAUUCUGGUGGACUUUUUAAAUCAUGGGAGAAACUGGGUGGUGAUAACCUCAUUGGGAAGGAUGGGAUGAAAAGAGUUAUACCAAUCGGAAAUCAGUUGUUGGAUUGGUCACAGAGAACUUCUGUGAUGGGCAUUAUUAAUUUGACCCCAGAUAGCUUUAGUGAUGGAGGAAAGUUUCAGUCCAUUGAUUCUGUUGUCUCUCAGGUUCGCUUGAUGAUUUCAGAAGGGGCAGAUAUUAUUGAUUUUGGAGCGCAAUCAACAAGGCCGAUGGCCUCGAGGAUAUCCCCUCAGGAGGAGUUAGAUAGGCUAGUGCCUGUUUUAGAAGCUGUCGUAAAGAUGCCUGAGAUGAAUGAGAAGCUCAUAUCUGUAGACACCUUUUACUCUGAGGUUGCUUUAGAAGCCGUCAACAAGGGAGCUCAUCUUGUGAAUGAUGUAUCUGGUGGGCAGUUGGACCCUAACAUGACCAAGGUUGUUGCUGAUCUUGAGGUUCCAUAUGCUGUAAUGCAUAUGAGAGGAAACCCUACUACAAUGCAGAAUAGUGAGAACUUGCAUUAUGACGACGUUUGUAAGCAGGUUGCCUCUGAGUUGUACUCGCGGGUUAAAGAUGCAGAAUUAUCAGGAGUUCCAGCUUGGAGGAUUAUUAUUGACCCUGGAAUCGGCUUUUCAAAGAACAAAGAGCAUAAUUUGGAAAUCCUCAUGGGGUUACCAACUAUUCAAGCAGAGAUUGCUAGGAAAAGCAUGGGCAUUUCUCAUGCUCCUAUGCUUAUAGGACCUUCCAGAAAGAGGUUCUUGGGAGACAUUUGUAAUCGCCCUGCAGCAACCGAAAGAGAUCCUGCAACUAUUGCUUCUGUCACAGCUGGAAUUCUCGGAGGCGCCAACAUUGUAAGAGUACAUAACAUUAGAGAUAAUCUUGAUGCUGUGAAGCUAUGUGAUGCAAUGCUGAGACAGAAAAGAUAAAAGAAAAUUCACACACCAAGUUUCUCGAAUUCAUUCUUAAAAAAGAAACUGAUGCUGUACAUGGAGUCAUCAGGUAUCAAAAACUAUGGAGCAGGAGGCAGAGAUAUAAGUAGGGGUGUGCAGAAACCAAACAAGCCAGAUAACCGAAUCGAAUCAACAAAUUUGGUUUGGUUUGAAAUUAUAAAGAAUUUGGUUUCUCGGUUUGGUUUGAACUGAAUGCACACCCCUAGAUAAACCAAACCAAGUAGUUAUCUGACAGUGAUCAAGCUGGCCUACGUCUCACAUUAACACUGACAUGGUAAGUAUUGGACCCCCUAAAAUUUAAUGAAAUUGCAAAAUUGUUGGGGUUUUUUAGAUCACGGCCUAAGCAACCAUCUGAUAAAGUACCCAAAUACAUUUAGAAAGUGACUAUUCAAAAAUGGUUAGUGGGUAUUGCAUGUUGUGGGGCUGCUGGCUAAGACAACCCCUUGUGAAGGACACUUUCAGUUUUGGUCCCUAAGAGACAACAUUUGGAUAAUUAUAUUUAUUUCCAUCUACCUUUCUUU